AUGGCCGUGCCUGGUCUUCUUCCCGCAGAUGCGGUAGCACCUAGGCUUGACUUUCUAUUGCGCCGCGCACGUGAGGUCAAGCGGGUUGCCUCAAUCGACCCCCCACUGCAGGUGUCUGAGCUUGUACCGGAAGGCGAGCCUCUUUUGGGUGAAAUCGAAGGUGGAAAGGAAGUGCGCACUCUUGCGGUUGAGAGCGCAGCAAAGAGUGUCUUCUAUGCCAAUCUUGGAUCCACUCGAAUUGAAGCACCGGAGUUUGUUACCAUUUGGAACCUCCUCGAUAUUUUGCAAUACUGUGGAGACCGAGACUUGUGUUCUCCACAGCUUGUCCUGCUGCUCACCGAGGAACUUCUUGACAGCCAAUCGAUUUCAGGGUGCCGGGUUGUGUUCAACUUUCUCGAGUCGAGGAGGGAAGCCAUCAUUGCAAUCAACUCCAAGAACAAGGACCUUGUCAUCUUGCGACUAUGCAAUGAGCUUCUUCGACGCUUGUCUCGCGCCGAGGAUCCGGUGUUUUGCGGGCGCGUCUAUAUUUUCAUGUUUCAGAGCUUUCCCUUGGGCGAUAAAAGUUCGGUGAAUUUGCGGGGCAAUUUCCACGUCGAGAACAUUACCACAUUCGAGGAUUUUCUGAAGGAUUCACAGCCACAGGAUGAGGCUAUGCAAGUUGAUGGGGAUGAUUCUGUGCCUAAAAUCAGAGAAGAGCCCGAGUCAGACGAGAGGACAACACAGACUGGUGAUGGUGACGAAGCAAAAGAUGGAAAACCCAAGACUCUGGAUGUCGAUACUCUGUACCCGGUAUUCUGGUCCUUACAGCAUUCCUUCUCGAAUCCACCAAGAUUGUUCGAAGAGGAUCAUUUCAAACAGUUUCAGCAGGGUUUAGAGGCGACGCUAGCAAAAUUCAAAGAGGUCCCCAAAGUGAUCCAAGCGGGGGAUUCUGAGCGCAAGAAGGGACAGGUAUCAAAGGAUGAAGGGGAAGAUUACGACGCAUUUGCCAGCAGCUUCAACCCAAAAUACCUCACAAGCCGUGACCUUUUCAGACUCGAGCUGAGCGACCUCGCCUUUCAACGGCAUAUCCUGGUCCAAGCACUGAUUCUAAUUGACUUUCUCCUGACCCUGACGGAGAAGUCCAAGAGCAAGCCAUUCUAUCAGAAUGCCCAGAAGGCGAUGCAGUACAAUUUCACGCUUGGGGCGGAGCAGACCGAGUGGGCAUUGGGCAUCAAGAACGCUAUUGCAAAUUACCUGCAGGAGGGCCCGGAUGGCAAGUUCUACUACCGGAUGGUGGAUACGGUGCUCUCACGAGACAAGAAUUGGGUAAGGUGGAAAAUGGAGAACUGCCAGCCAUUCACCCGAGAUCGAGUCCCCACAACGGACUUGCAGCAGGCCAAGACUGGGGCACAGAAGGCGGUAGUGAGCAAGAAGGCAGCCCGGCCUAUGGGAGUGCCCAGCAUGUUCGACUUUCUGUACAACAAUGAGGCAGAAAAGGGGCUUUCGCAGCUGCGGCAGAGCGAUAGGUUCAAGGUGCCAGACGCAGAGUGGUAUGGCAAACGGGUGCAAAUGAGGGAUCUGGACAUGGACAUGGCUGAUGGUGACGAAGAAAAGCGGCAAUUGGAAGAGAGCAAGGCGAGUGACGUGUGGCGAGGGCUCCGGGUGGCCUCGAAGAGUCAACUUAGCAGGUUCGACAGAGUUGAGCAUGGCAAAGGGCUCGAGGCUCUUCAGCCGGCCACCAGCUCAACGAGUGAGGCCACGGGCCCUGAGGUUGCACCCACUGGUUCGGAUGAGCAGGGGUCAGUUCCGCAGAACGAACAUCAGGGCGUCGAGGAGCAGCGGGCCGGCCAACACAGUCAAGUGACUGGGGAUUCGGCAGUGUAG